AUGAAGGACGUCAAGGCACUCUUGAAUCUCCGGAACGGCGACGAUGACGGGUUUCAGUUCGGGGACGAGUCCAUCGAGGAGCUCUGGGAAAAAGCUUUCGCGGAGGCGGCGGACGAUUUCAAAUUCGAUCCCAAUGAGCAGCAGUUGCUGGCCGACUUUCAUACCGCGAGCAACCCGAUCGCCCAGACGGAGCUCAUUUUCCGCGAAUGGAGACACCCCCAGGCUCAUACCUCAGAAGGACAAGAGUGGGAGAACAAGAUACGUGAAAACGUGCAGCAAUGUCUUAGUUGGGCGCAGACAACGUGCACCUAUGCGCACGAUCAUGCAAGCGGGACGGCUGCCCAAGAUGUCAGCGCGGACUUGAAUGCCGUGCAGAGUACCUUUCAGACGAUCGCGUCGGCGAUGCAAGAGAUCAACGUCGUGGAAAAGCAUCCUGUUGUCACGCCAACUGCCAAAGAAAGCCUGGUCAAGGUCUUCAUCGCAUUGCUAUCUUUCUGCUCCUAUGUAGGCACCGACUUGCGAAAACAAACACGUUUAGGUACGCUACUACAUCUCACCUUCAAGACCAUGACUAACCAUUGUUCUCCUACAGCACUUUGGCGGAAGAAGGUGUUGAGACAACAAGUCGACGUGACCUCGAAGCAAUGUGAAAGGGUCGAGCAGGCAAUCAAGAAGUUCCACGAUGCGAUUCGGACAGAGUCGUUCAAUGAUACCAAAGAGAUCAAAGAAGGCGUACACUGGCUGAUCAAAAAUACUAAUACGAAGAUGCAGCAGACUGUCCUGUUGGGGAACAUGUAUAACAUGUCCGAAAAGGGCAACGUGUUGGAUAAACUGGCCAAGACUCUGCAAAACAGGCUUCAUCUCAACCUCACCGUUAUGUCUCAGAUGGCCACCAGGAUGGACACAAUCAUGCAGCAACUGACCGAAGACGGUUUACGGUGGUUCCGAGAGAGCGACCCGUAUCAAAAGUGGCUGUAUCGACAUGGCACAUGUCCUUUACUAUACCUCAAGGGCAAUGAUGGCGUGGGAAAGACGUUCCUAACAGCACAUUGCUACAAGCUUAUACCCAUGAUGGCAGGCAGGAACCAGACCCUCGUGCAGAAAGAGACGGUGCGGCAGCAGUUGAUUGUCACUUACUUCCUUUUCGAGCCGGGCAUGCAGUAUUCCCAGACCUACGCUGGUGUUGUGGCGUCUAUUCUUUUCCAGAUUGCAGCCCAAGAUCCAAAAUGGUGUGACUCAAUAUCGACGAAGCCCGUACUGAAAUCACGGGACCCGAAGAAGAUCUGGGACGAGCUCGUGCUGAAGCGGUUCGAGAAGCGAUCACACUCGUCUGAGGAGCUCUACAUCCUCCUUGAUGGCAUUUCGGAUAUGCAGCCCAAGGAACGUGAACCACUCUUGAAAAUCUUAUAUGAAACCCUUGAACAGAGAAACCACCGGAUAUGGAUUUUAUUGACGGGCUCUCGCGAACAGCGAGAAUUAUUUCCAGCGGAGAUAGCAGGCGCUCUACCCAUACCAGAAAUCAAGAUAACGACCGAUCAACGUCUUAUAGACAAGAUUAUCGAGAAGCGCAUGGGAGACUUCGAAAACCUCUCACGGAUCCGACCAAACUCGGAGGGCUACAGGCUAAUCCACGAAUACCUAGUUCAGACAUCGAACGGUAACCUAUCAAUUCUGGACCAGAUGAUCGAAAUACUUGACCAGAACGGCAUGGAGAAGAAGGCAUUUCUCAAAUUUAUGAAGGAUGUUGGCAAUUCUGAAGACAUCUUGAUCCGGAAUGCCCUGGCAGGUUCUGAUGCUGUGUUUAACAAGGCCGUGAAGAAAGUCCUUCUGUGGUGCGCAUUUGCAAAGCAGACGCUCACUGUCUCCAAUCUCAGCGAGCUCCUUCAUCUCGAUGAUGAUCUGCAAGUAAAGAGCAUUAGGAUCACCGAUGUGCUAGAUCGGUGUCGCAAUCUCCUCUAUAUUCGACCCAUGAUAUCACCUAAUCUGGGCCCCCCAAGUGUGGAUGCUGAAUUAUAUUGGUGUUCCCGUCCGGAUCAUGAGACGGAAAUCCCCAAAGACAAGUCUCGCAAACAGCCUCCCGCCAGUGAAUAUGGGUACAUUGAGUUCCGUCAAACAAAAUUCAAGGAAUGCAUCCGAGAAGGCGGGGCCGCACUAAAUAUGGACAUGAAUUUCGAGAAGGUGGAAAUAUUUGUAACUCUCUGCGAUGUUCUUUGUGGUUCUGAAGAGGUAACUGCUGAGUCUCUGCACGAAUAUGCGACUUUCAAUCUCAUCCGGCAUUUACGGGAUAUAGACUUUGUUACCCAAGGGAAAAGACAAGCUGACAGGGAUUUGAACGAAAAGAACCUCAAAGACAAGAUGUCACUUACCAAGGAUGUGAAGCUAACACAGUCCCGGGAAAUCGAUAACGAGCAGCUGAAGAGGGUCGGAGAAGCCGUAUGGCGAAUCCUAACCAACGGAACCGGCGUAUCAUCUGUGUUCGAAAAGGUGCUGUCUCAGAUGGCUGCCAGCGAGAUCCAUUUUGACCUGUAUGAUCUAUCAGAGUUCACGACAAGCACCAAUGAACUGGUACGGUCUUGGGCGGAAGAACUCAUUGCCAGAGACGAAAGAGAAAACCUGUCCCUGCCAGCACACAUCUGGAGUUGGGCAGACAACAUGAAGAAACAACCAGAAAGCAUGUUGGAGAAUUUAGCCAAAGGCCAUCUUCAGAGCUGGGCACAGAAAUCAACCGCCGAAGAGGCUAGGAUCCCAUACAAACUUGCCUAUCGCGCAUGCUACACAACUGGUAAAUACAAGCACUGGUCGCGAGACGGUGAUGACAUCAACACACGGGUCGCCGAAGAUAUGCUGGGCCAGUGCAGAGACUCCCGAACCCGGUUUGCCCAAGCACGACUUGCAGCCGCACUCCUUCUCUAUGAGUCGCCUAACAAACAAGAGCGAGAUUAUGCGCUCUUUCUGUACGAGAUGAACCGGCACCUGGACGAUUCGAUGUGCGCGGAAAAGCUGUAUUCCUUGCUAGGUCUUGCGGAGCACUAUGUGCCUAGUCGCGGAAGCUUUGAUGCCCCCACGACAAACUGGACCAGAGUCAAAGAGUACGCAGAAGAGGCACUGAAAUGUUGGAAGGACUCGGAUGCCGCCCUGCGGCCCAACUUCAAUGCCGAGCGGUGUAAGAGUGUCUACAUGCUUCACGCGAAGGCCUGUAUGGCCCUUGGUGAUACGAAGCUCGCCCGCAAGACGUGCCAAGACGCGCUGAGCAACAAGUUCCUCCGGCAUUCCCGAGCUCUGGGAUACUUCUUGACCGUUCUCGUGCAGAUAUACGCGGAUCAAGAGGCUCAUUCAUCCAUUAUCCAGACCAUCCAGGACCAACUGGAGAAUCAGCCGCCGUACUUUAUCCCCGCUUGGCUGAUGAACCGGUCUCGACAGACUAAUAAGGAUGACCGGCUACGCAGAGCAGCUGUAGCCACCGGCAAUGUCGAGCUCGUUAUUCAAAUCUACGACCGCGCAAUCUGCUAUUGGGCAUCUAGAGGACUCUUCCAUGAGACUUGUGUGAUGCUCUCUGAGCUUGCUAUCAUCUACCGGCAAGACUGCCAUGCGAUCAGAAUGGCCGAGGAUAUUCUGAACAGAAUACUAGAGGCGAUGCUGAAGGACGAGGCGCUGCAGGUUGACUCGAAGCUGCUGAGCAUAAUCAUCAUGGAGCGCUUUGACAUCUACUAUGACCGAUACAGCAAGGCUCGGAACAAAACUGCGAAAGAGCCUCUGUGCCAGGCAGCCAAUGCUUUGAUUGCUGAUGUUAGGGUCGCGGAUGUCAUUGAAUCAUCCACCAAAGCCAGCGUGCUCAUCACUCUUGCCAAAAUGUGGAGAGGAAUUGGGUUCAAAUACCGGGCAUACGAGCAUGCUGACCAGGCGUUCAAGCUCUGCAUUGCCGAUCUGGAGGAUUGGGUCGAUGACAAUGAUAUGGCUGCUUUCCGCGCGUUGACCAAGGUGUUGCAUUUUGCCGGUCUCUCAAAGGAUGCUGGGAUUUCUGCGUCGCUUAUCUUUGACCGGGCCAAUGCCAACGCGCUGCAAGUGAGCGAGGAGGAAUAUCAAAACACACUGUCGUCCGCCAUCUUUGGUGGGGAGAGGCCCAGACCGCUGUCCGUCGAUGGAUGGAUGGCGUUAAAGGUAGAUGCCAGCGCAUCUGCUCACAAAGAUGGCCCGUCAAUCCCGCAGUCACCUACGAGCAAUUUUUCAACGGAUCGCACCAAUGACGAAACACCAACAACGGCAGCAACGACGCCCUGCAGCGGAUCCAUCCAGGAAAGCAUUGUGGAUGAAGGCAACGGUAGCAUGCUACAGUGCAUGGGACCCUGUCGCAAAGAGAAGUUGUCGCAAUGGGAACUGGACUCUUCCCCUUGGUAUCUCUGUCUCGACUGUCCCUCCACCGACUACUGCAGUGAGUGCUACAAUACUCGGGACGCACAUCGCCAUUCCCAAGCCAAGGGACUCUGGUCCAAGGUGUGUUGGGGAAAGCACGUCUUGAUCCAGCAACCGGUCUCUGGUUGGAAGGGGGUCAAAGAUGGAGUGAUCCGGGUGGGGACUAGUAGUCGUGGGGUGAAGGAUUGGAUGAUGGAUAUGAAGGAGCGGUGGGGGGUGGAGAUGAAGAAUAACACCAAGAAGCCGAGGUGA